AAUCCCCGACAACAACGUGCUCAGUUGUAAGCCAUAAUAUUUUGGCUUUUUUGAUUGUUUCUGUUCGCGUCGUCUGCUUUCCAGUGACUCAUCUCCAUCGGACAGCGGCAGUGGGACCUACAAGCUCUUCCCUCAUUUUUUUGCGGCUGGGAAAGGAGGGAAAUAACGACAGCAUAAUGGAAGAGCAGAGCCUUGACAGUCUCCACCUGAGCCAGAACCUGCCUCUGAGCCAGGAUUCAUUUCGUGAGCUGUGGGAGAGUGUCGUUACUCCCUCCAUUUCCACCAUCCCAGCGGCAACAAGCGUGUCUGAGUGGAGGCCUGAUGGACAAAUGUACAUGCUGCAGUUACCUGAAGUGCUGACUGAAGGGUUUGAUGAGAAUCUGUUUGAGCUACCCCCAGAGACAUUAACUAAAGAUGGUGUUACUCCCCCGGCCUCCACCGUCCCAGUUACAACUGACUAUCCUGGGGAAUAUGGCUUUCAGCUUCGCUUUCAGAAGUCUGGCACAGCCAAAUCUGUCACUUCCACUUUUUCGGAGCUUCUCAACAAGCUCUACUGCCAGCUGGCCAAAACCACCCCUGUGGAAGUGCUGGUGAGCAAGGAGCUUCCUCAGGGUGCUGUCCUCAGGGCCACAGCAGUUUAUAAGAAGACGGAGCAUGUGGCAGAUGUGGUUCGCAGAUGUCCACAUCACCAGAAUGAAGAUACUGCAGAGCAUCGCAGCCAUCUGAUCAGAGUGGAAGGCAGCCAGAGGGCUCAGUAUUUUGAAGAUCCACACACAAAGAGGCAGAGUGUGACGGUCCCUUAUGAGCCCCCCCAGUUGGGUUCAGAGAUGACAACCAUCCUGCUGAGCUUCAUGUGCAACAGCUCCUGCAUGGGCGGCAUGAACCGCAGGCCUAUCCUCACCAUCCUGACCCUUGAGUCUCCAGAGGGACUGGUGCUGGGCCGGAGAUGCUUCGAGGUGCGUGUCUGCGCAUGUCCAGGCAGGGACCGCAAAACAGAGGAGGACAACAGCACCAAGACGCAGAACGGCACCAAGCAAACCAAAAAACGAAAGAGCACCCCUGCCCCUGACACGACUUCUGUGAAGAAGUCCAAGUCUGCCUCCAGUGCAGAGGAGGAAGACAAGGAUUUCUAUGUUCUGCGUGUUCAUGGUCGUGAGCGUUAUGAAAUGCUAAAGAAAAUCAACGAUGGUCUGGAGCUGCUUGACAAAGAAAGCAAAACCAAGUCUAAGGUCUCUGUGAAACAUGAGGUCCCUUUGCCCUCCAGCGGAAAGAGACUCCUGCAGAGAGGAGAGCGGAGCGACAGUGACUGAGAAGCUUGUAGCCGUGAUCAUGAGGGGAAAAAACGUCAUCUCUUAAUCCUUCCAAGCCAUCACGUUUACUUCAGGUUUUUAACCGUUAUUGGAACCCCAAGUCACCUCCUGCCUCACCUCAUCACUUGAGCUGAUAACUUAACUGCCUGACCAUUUACUGUACUGUACUGUACUGUACAGUGUCUUGCUGUUUAUGACAUAUGCAAAUGAAUAAAGGAGAGCAAUUCAUACUGUAGGCAGGCCUUGCCUCCUCCUCACUGCUCUCAUUGCAUUAGUAGGUCCUGUGAAAUGGCUGUGAGACCUUAAUCUUUCUGUGAUUGCAAGAAACAGGAUGUCGGGGUGGGACUUAAAUUUGGGAAGGACUGGAUUUAAUCAGUGUUAAUUUUGGCUGGGAUUUUAAUUUGAGUUUCAUUGACUCCGUUUUUAAAAUUUGUGUCAGUCUUGUCAUUUAUGAUGCAUUACAUUUAGUCUAUUUAGUUAGUAGAUGAAAACCAAAGAGAUUGUUUCUUGGUUUUUCAGUGACAUCUAUUUUUUUAUGUUUGUCAGAAUAUUAAUUAUUAUCUGAAUUGAGCAGUUUUGUCAGUUGAGUCACGACUGAGGAAGACGUGUGACUGCAAAGGAUCAUAAUUGUAACACAAGUCACUGCCAUUUAUUAGAAAAAGUGCAAAGUCACCCUUGUGAAACUUGAAUCGGUGUUUACCUCCAAUAAUGUUGCUGUAUUACUGCACCACAGCCCAACACACAUUUACUGCAACAGAUCCCAACACACAAUUACUGCAGCACAGCAUAACAAUUUUACACAUUUUUAUGUACCUGUAUGAGGAAAUUCAGUCCAUGUGUUGCUGUCCAGCUGUGAUUUAAUGUGCUGUGCAAGCAUACAAGACAUUUAUAGAUUUAAAAAAAAAAAAAAAAAGUUAAUAAAUACACAGGUAUGACUGGAUGGUAUUAACAGUAAUCAUAUCUGUUCACAUGUUAGUGGGGCUGUUUAUUUUUUGCAAAUUCUUUUUUUUACAUUAUUUUUAAUCAGAAAGUUGUACAUAGAUUUUAGCCCCUUUUUUUUUUUUUUUUUUUUUUUUUUUUUCAAAGAUCCAUACAUUCUCCUCAGUGACACUUCCUCUUGGUGACGUUGCACAUGGGGAAAUUUUUGCUAGAAUUAACACUAGAUUUGUAAGCUGAGGGGCUGGCUGGAUCACCCCAAAAGCUCUUCACCAUUUACUACCUGUGUGUUUUGGGUUUUUUUUUAUACACACUGGAUGUUUGUGGGGAAAAAAUUACGCCUCUGAGGAAGGAGAAGAGGAAUUUUGCAAAACAUACAGGAAAAUCUCUCGGAUAUUUUGUUACAACACAUAGGGACAUAGUACGACAAAACUUUUUUCAUGGGAUCUUAAUGAGAUUUAUGAGGAUGUUUAUUCAGAUAUCAAAACAGGAUUUUAGUUUUUAGUAACUAUUGCUCACAUAAACUGAUAAAAUGUGAUGUUUUUGUUUUGGGCCUUCAUUCACAGACCAUGCAAUUUGUCAUUGAUCAGUACUUCAGUUGAUGUGACCAAUCACUGUUAAUUAAUUAACCACUUUGUUUUUCACUGCCAUGAAAGUAUACUUAAGGCAUUUGUUUUAUUUCUGUAUCUUUAUAGAUUAUUUUGGGAAGUUAGUUUUUAUAUAAGAGGUUUAUCUUUCUAUAUUUGUCAUCGUUUCAUUGUUAUUUUUUCAUGGCUUUUUUUUGUACUAAUUUGCAUUUUGUUACUCAAAGCUUUAAGCCUAAAUAAAUGCUCAAUUUCA